AUGAGAAGAUGUGCAAAACUUUCCAUGACUAAAAAAAUAGCCGUUUUGCAUCUGUAUAGUUUUGACCUAUUAAAUAUUGAACCUACCAUUUGUUAUGAGUACCAUGAGUAUAAUGCUGUUCUUAUCCUGGCUGAGUCUGGUGAAGUACUAACAAUGAGUUUGUUGGUCGGCCUUCCAGAUCUGGAGUGGAAGCUUAUAUAUGUUGGAUCAGCUGAAGAUGAGAACUAUGAUCAGCAACUUGAGAGUGUGCUUGUUGGCCCUGUGAAUGUUGGGACAUACCGUUUUGUUCUGGAGGCCGACCCCCCUGAUCCCUCAAAGAUCCGCGAGGAGGACAUAAUCGGUGUCACGGUGCUUUUGUUGACCUGUUCAUACAUGGGGCAGGAGUUCAUCAGAGUAGGCUACUACGUGAACAAUGAUUAUGAUGAUGAGCAACUUAGGGAAGAACCCCCGGCGAAGCUGCUGAUUGACCGGGUGCAGAGAAAUAUUUUGACCGACAAGCCCCGGGUCACCAAGUUCCCCAUCAAUUUCCAUCCUGAAACAAGCGGAGGACAGCAGCAAGAUCAACCACAAUCAGCUGUACCUGAAAACCCUACAGGCGAAGGGAGCAAGGCCAGCACAGAUCUUUGA